AACAAACAAAACAAAGCCAUCCCACAAAGGAACAAAAAACAACCCCAGAAGCAACAAGUGGGAGACCUCACCCAACUAGAAACUAAGCCACUAGAGCAGCUACAUUGAGCUAAUCACCCAGACAACGAAAAACAGACACUUAAGGGAUAGAAAUCCUAUGAGAAACCUCCCAUUCUCUAUCCAAUAACCGGUUAUCAUCUAAACCAGCAGCAUUCCUCCCGGCAGACAUGCAUGCAGGCUCUGGUGUCUUAGAUCACCUUUCCUAUCACACCUACCGCCUCCAAGCUCUUAUUUUGAAAGGUUCUCCUGUUUCUUUUCCUCCAAAUAUGGUAGAAUGCAGCUGAGCUAGCUAAUCUGAAAAUUAACUUUCUCACAGUUUUACCACUUUCUGCAGAUCUUCAUUUGCUGAAUAUUACGUCAUUAGAACCAAAAGAAGCAUGUUUGCUUGAUGAGAUGAAAAUAAAGAUGUGGUUCCUACAUCCUACUUGGGUAUGACAACUGACCACGAGAAAAACACACGACGGUUAGUAGGUGUUUAGACUACUAGUCAUGUGAAGUAAAAAUACUGAAACACGUGACGGUUAGUAGGUGUUUAGACUACUAGUCAUGUGAAAAAGAGAAUAGUGAUUCCUAGUAGAUGUAAAGACUACCAAUCACUAAGUGAUAAGAACUCUGAAAGUGUGCACAAUGGCUUCUACUGUGAUGCAAUAUAUUUACAGCUAGACAAGAUGAAUAUUGUUUAAAAACCGACUCUUCAUCUAUGGUCUUUGUGACAGUUCUUGGAAAAGCAAAGGACUUUCUAGGAGUCUUUUCGGAAGCAAAUAAAAGGCUAGAGGACAAUGCUAACAACUACGAUAUUGAAGUACUUACCGGGAACGAAUCUGAGUACAUUGAAAUGGAUUUGAUGUUGGGCAUUGCCGAUCUCCAUACACCUGAGGCUCUUGCUGCUGCCGAGUCUGCAAUUCGGGGUUAUCAACCAGUGAUUUCUUUGUCAACUCUCAGUAGCAGUGAUGAUAGUAGUGAUGAUGAGAGCACUGAUGAUGACACCGAUGAUGACGAUGGUGGUGAUGGUGACCACUUGCCUUGCUCACCUACGAAAACUAAAAGGUCGAUUCCUCGAUUCUACCAAUCCUUCCAGAAACGGGAUACCAAAAAAGCAACCAAAGAUUGUUGAACUCUCAUAGGACUGAUUUGUGAGCAGUAGAAUCUAAAUAUCUUCUGAUCAUUAACGUUGAAGAGAAUGCGUAUGUUGUAUGUUGUAUGCUGUUUAAGGUUCUGUUAUGCAAUGAGAGUAGAAUGUGUAGAAAGUUUUGUGACGGUUGCAAAAUGCGUAGGCUGUGAGUGAAGAUGUUUGUAAGUUGUAAGGUUAUCUAUGUUUACUUGGACUAAGCAUGAAAAGAUUGAACCAAAUUUUUACAAA